UGAUUCACUAUCGAUCACUUGGGAAAGACGGAGGAUAGAUUUCCGUGUGGAAGAGAAACGCGAUGUCUACGUCUCUCGGGCGCGCUUUUUUUUGUUGUUGUUGUUGGAUUGACAAUUUCGCCACGGGCUUCCGCACAACAUCCGUGCAAUACCAAAACUAGGUGGUCCAUUGGACUGGUGCACCGGGAAGAACAGUUUGGGAGCAGACUUGCCUAAGCCGUGACUUUGUUUUUCGCUACUUUGGCGGGGCGGACGGGCUCGCAGUCCGUAAAAGUAUUAGCCUAGAUACGAAUAAACGCAAAUACGCAUCAAGGGAGUGAGGCGUGAAAGAUCGACACCCGAAGUCCAUUUACACGCUGUUGGCGCACGUCCUCUAGUCUCUCCCGUGGAGUACUUGAGUCGCUCACUAUCGCGACCUGGAUGGAAGGGUAUGGGGAAAGCAGGAUUUUACUACCCCGGGGCUGACUGCCUCUUCCACCCGUCUCCAUUACUUUGUCUGCUGCUUCUGGGCACCCUUUCCUUCUUGGGUCACAUCGGGGAGAGCCAGGUGCAGACCCUGCAGUGCCGCAUCCACAAAUGCACCACUGACUUCGUGUCGCUCACCUCACACCUGAGCCCUUCGCUGGAUGGCUUCGACGUGGAGUUCUGCAAGGCCCUGCGCGCCUACUCGGGUUGUACACAGCGCACCUCCAAGAGUUGCCGGGGUAACCUGGUCUUCCACUCAGCCAUGCUGGGGAUCAGCGACCUUAUGAUCCAGAGGAACUGCUCCAAGGACGGCCCCACUUCCUCCACACAUCCUGCGGUCCCCAUCGAGCCCUGCAACUACCACAGCCGCCACCACCACCCGGCGGCCCUGCCCGGCACAGGGGCAGCCCGAGACUCUGAGCCUCAGCGUCCCACCUUCCUUUUCUGCGGCCUGUUUGGGGACCCACACCUGAGGACUUUUAAGGAUCAGUUCCAGACCUGUAAGGUGGAGGGCGCAUGGCCCCUUAUCGAUAACAAUUACCUGUCCGUGCAGGUAACCAACGUGCCGGUGGUGCUAGGAUCAAUCGCCACGGCAACCGACAAGAUCACCAUAAUAUUCAAACCGUAUCAGGAGUGCACAGAACAGAAGGUGUACCAGGCUGUGACGGAUGACCUGCCGGCGGCAUUCGUGGACGGCACGGUCAUGGGCGGUGACAGCGAGACACGCAGCCUCCUGAUUGUGGAGCGGACGGCGGGCCGUGAGGUGGAGCUCCACGCCGCCUACAUAGGUGUCACCAUCAUUGUGCGGCAGCUGGGCCGCUACCUGACGCUGGCCGUGCGCGUGCCUGAGGAGGUCGCCAUGGCCUUCGAUGAGACACAGGACCUGCAGCUGUGCAUGAACGGCUGCCCCACCUCUGAGCGCAUCGACGAGGAGGGGCACCUGCGCUUGCCUGUGCUUGGCCUCCAGCAGGGCGGCGCUCAUGUGCAAGCCAGGCCUGGGACGGUGGCCGUGGCAGCGGCGCAGAAGGGGGCCUUCACACCGGAGAGCGCCUCCAGCAAAUGCCGCGAGAAGUUGGAGGUUAAGGACAUCUAUUUCUACUCGUGCGUGUUUGACCUCCUCACCACCGGGGAUGCGAACUUCACCUCGGCCGCCUACAACGCCCUGAAGGAUGUGGAGGUGCUGCACCCUAAACGGGAGCGCUGGCACAUUUUCCCUCGCUCCAGAGCAGGGCCAGGACCGGCGGCGAUCUUCAGCACACUCCUCGCAUGCAUACUGGCCACCGCGCUGUCAUAGUCCACCUGGCCAAGACUGUUUCAGCAGAAAUGAGGAAAAUGAAAAAUCAGGAAAGUGGGGAAGAGACUUCAUAAACAAUCCGAACUUUACUUGUAUAUACUGUGUACAUUGAGGACACAGGAGGCGUUGCUUUCUAUGACUGUAAAUGUUGUGCACAUGCCAUUUUCAGGAGAGCUGGAGUUAGAGGUUUUUUUACGUGUAUGCUUUUUUAUGUGAUUUGGUUUUGUUGUCCUCAGGAGAGGACGUUUUGAGGGAAGCACUUUAUUUUUUAUGUUGCGACUACAGAACAGUGUUCUAUAGAACCAGAACCCAGUGAUCUUGGAUAGUUCAUUUUGAUUCCCGCAAGCGCUUUUUUAUAUCUCCUUUGUGCGUGUCUGUAUGUAGAUAGGACUCACCUCACCAUAUAACUCCUCAGAACAGUGUGACAGUAGGUUAUUUCAAAGGUGCACUUGCCCUAGUAUUGUGAUUCAUGUUUGACGACCUGGAAUUGGUAUCUGUUUAGAAGUCAUUUCUCAUUUGUAGUCUAGAACUCGAUAUGGUUGUUAACUUUUGUGUAGAUUAAAAAAUGAAGAAUUCAGACAAAACCCCAGCUUUAUUGUCAUUGCUCCUUGGCUCACUACUAAUGUACAGCCUUUUCUUUACUUAAGUGCUGCCAGACAAGCUUGGCCAUCACUUAAGUAUAACAGUAAGGUAUCUUUUUUUGUCCUCCAACCAAAGAUGUUCUAUGUCAUUUUGCUCUCUCAGCAUAUAGCUGGCACAAAGUAUGAGUCAAUUGGAUAUUUACACUGUAGAUACCUGAGUUAGUCACAAUUGCUGUCUGAUGCACUAACUGUCCUUAAAUGCUAAGUGGGAAUUUUUAUUUUGCCAAAUAUUAUAUGGGCCAAUAUUUGGAGAACCCACAUCCAAUUUCCUAAUUAAUUCCUCAUUAACAUUAACAAUUUCAACUCUGCUAUAGUUGCAAGCUAAUACCAGACCAUUAUGUUACCUACUUUGAGGAUUCAGAUCAUUUUGAUCUUUAGGUCUUUUAAAGAGCAUCUUUAAGGACUUUUCACAUCCAGAAACUAUGGGAACUGUGCUUUAGUUGUUGCAUUACUUCCAAAUAUGUCACUGUUUUCAUUCAUGAGGUAUUCAAGUGAUCUUCCACUGAAAAAGAUGGCUGUCCUUUGAGUGUAUGUUUAACUGAUUAUACCCACAGUGCUAAAUGUCAUACUUUAUGGUGAUUGCCUUAGGGUGCAUCCAAAAAGGUAACAACCUAAAUCUUCCUUUGUACCAUAACCCUUUUAAAAUAUUUGCUACUGUAGACUCAUGUUUGUGCAUUUAUUUAAUUGCAACUACUGUCAGUGCCGCACAGCUGCUACCAUACUGUGACGAGUGUAUUAGAUUGUAUUUGGAACACUGGGAGUUUUGUCAGCAGUGAUUGGCCAAAUUCUGUAUGGGCUGUAUUGAUUGGCCAAAUCUUUGAUAGUCUGUGUUGAUUGGCUGAUUAAAUUAAAUGAUGGAGUAUUUAAAGACCAGAGCAAGGCAUCUGAGUGCAAUUAACUGCAAAGGUAAGCCUUCAUCCUGUGUUUUUGUUUUGUUUUGUUUUGUUUUGUUUUGUUUUGUUUUGUUUUGUUUUGUUUUGUUUUGUUUUGUUUUG